AUGUAUGAUGUGGUGAAGGAGUCUCCAGUACUCCUCUGUACAGAUUGGGAGAAACCAUCUUCUCUCUCCCGUGUCCUUCCUGCCCAUGUGGACCUCUCUGUUCUUCCUCCCAUGGUUCUACUUCCUGUUUUGCUGCGUGUGGCCGCACUGCAUUGCAUUCUGGGAGUUAUAGUCCUGACCGUACUUCCUGUCAUGGUACUCUGGUAUUACUACGCCACUCACAGCAAAAAGAGACGUACGCUGUUCUUCCUCACACUCUCCCUCUUCUCCCUCGCCUACAUGUACUUCCUGUUCAUCACAGAGAUCUUGCCCCGGGGGAAUGUAGGUAAUCGUCAACUGGUUACAAUCACAACUGGCCUGAUUAUGACACUUGUCUCUCUUGCGCGCACAAAAUGUGGUCCUGGAUUCGUCCGAGCUGAUCCCUCCUGUACCAUCUCAUGUAGAGGCCCCGCCCACUGUCAUGGAGUUAGCCAAUCAAUGAGUCCAGGUGGUAAGAAGUGGUGUCCUGUAUGCCGAUUGGUGCGUCCAGAGAGGGCGGGGCACUGCAGGAUCUGUGGGGAAUGUGUGUUACGCAUGGACCAUCACUGUGUCUGGAUUAACUGCUGUAUAGGACAGGGAAAUCAUAAAAAUUUCCUGUUGACGCUCCUCCUCUUCCUGAUGACAUCACUGUACGGGAUCAGCAUGGUGCUGAGGAGUGUGUGUCCACGCCAGAGUCUGUUCAUCGCUCCACUCUACUGCCCAGGAGUGUACAACCAGUACAGCACGGCGCUGUGUUUCACCUGUGUGUGGUACAGCAGUAUAGUCACAGGUGCGCUGUGUUACCUUCUUGUCCUGCAGCUGGUUAAUGUGAGCUGUAACGUGACAGAGCGUGAAAUCCACAUUGCUUUACGCAACGGAACCGCACGCUCUCGCUUCUGUGGUGUUGUCGUGGAAACGGGCACAUACACGCGCGGCUUCCUGCACAACUGGAUCGAAUUCCUCAGCAUGGACACACAUCACGGAGCCUCACACACUUACACACACACUGUAUGACCCACAACUCACGUGUGCUGUUUACACUUACAUACACUUUUAUACGUUAAACAGUGAUGUCACUCGAGUGUUUAAAUAAGACUCAGGAUAGGGUAUGAUAUGACACACACACACACACACACACACACACACACACACAAUUGGUCUGCACUCAGGUGAAUUUUUGCUCUUUACAAACUUUUUCUUCUCAAAUUUGGAUCAGACCAAAGACAACAGGAACACUCAGAUGGAACAGUUUUAAAUCUUUAGUGUAUUAUAAAGCAAUAUGACCACAGUAUCUCACACCACACUGCAGUAUCUCACACCACACUGCAGUAUCUCACACCACACUGCAGUAUCUCACACCACACUGCAGUAUCUCACACCACACUGCAGUAUCUCACACCACACUGCAGUAUCUCACACCACACUGCAGUAUCUCACACCACACUGCAGUAUCUCACACCACACUGCAGUAUCUCACACCACACUGCAGUAUCUCACACCACACUGCAGUAUCUCACACCACACUGCAGUAUCUCACACCACACUGCAGUAUCUCACACCACACUGCAGUAUCUCACACCAUCCUGCUGCCUUUCACACAACAUUUAUAAUCACUUUUACAUUUUAACUUCAUACACAGCACUGAGUUCAACUGGUGACAUCUGUCUCUGUUUAGUCUCUUAAUUGUUCAUCACACA